AUGGAUGUCUUUAAGAAUUUUUUUUUUGAUUUUCAUAUUUCAUUUGUCUACGCUAAAUUUCUAUCUAAAUCUUUCAUUUUUUUCUAUUACCCAUUAUUAUAUCUAUCUAUCUUUAUUUAUUAUAUUCUAUCUAUUUUAUCUAAUUUAUCUAUCUAUCUUUAUCAUGUUGGAAUUUUUUUCAAAAAUUUCAUAUCUAUCUUAUUAUCCAUCUAUCUAUCUAUUUAUCUAUGGAUUUCAUAUCAAAAUUCCUAUCUAUUUUUUCAUUUUGUCAAUAUCUAUCUAUCUAUCUAUCUAUCUAUCUAUUUUUUUUCAUAUCUAUCUAUUUAUAGCUGUUCAUCUAUCUAUCUCAAUAUUUGUUUUGGAUCUAUCUAUAUUUGUUCAUAUCUAUCUAUCUAUUUUAUCUAUCUAUUCUAUCUCAAAAAAGAAUUUUUCUAUCUAUCUAUCUAUCUAUCUAUCUUCUAUCAUCUAUCUAUCUCAUCCCAUCUAUUUAUCUAUUUGACCAUCUAUCCCAUCUAUCUAUCUAUCUAUCUAUCGUUGCUCAUAUCUAUCUUUUUUAUUAAAUCUAUCUAUCUUUCUAUCUAUCUAUCCAUUCUAUCUAUCUAUCUAUCUAUCUAUCUAUCAUCUAUCUAUCUAUUUAUGAAAAUAUCAUUAUCUAUCUAUCUCAUCCUUUUCUAUUUUAUCUAUGUAUCUAUUUAUAUUUUGUUUUCAUCUAUCUAUCUAUUUAUUUAUCUAUCUAUCUAUCUAUCUAUCUAUCUAUCUAUCGCUGCUCAUAUCUAUCUAUUUCUAGCUGUUCAUAUCUAUCUAUCUCAUUUUGUCAAUAUCUAUCUAUCUAUCUAUCUAUCUAUCUAUCUAUCUCAUCCUUUCUUUCUUUCUUUCUUUCUAUCUAUCUAUCUAUCUAUCUAUCUAUCUCAUCCUAUCUAUCUAUCUAUCUAUCUAUCUAUCUAUCUAUGA